GUAAUUUACUAGUGUUUCUGACAAACUGUUCAUUGCUUAAGUCUUUUAAAAACAUAUUCAUUUAAACAAAACAAAAAAAAAAAAAAACAUUUAAUGAAGGAAUCAGUGUCUCACUUCAAUAAGACUUGUUUGACUAUUGAAAUCUCCAAAAUUAAUGAUACAGUGACAUCCUUUUUUUAAACGGGCAGUUGUUGCCACCUCCUGGCGGAAAAGGAUAAGCGUUACUAUACAUUCAAGUGUUAAGAUACUUUCGUUUUGAUUGUUGCUGUAGACAAUUGUGUUGUAGACAAGCUAUACACUUUUAUCCCAAUACUUCCAUUAUUUAAAUGUCUGUAACACAGAAAUAAUGAUUAAUGUGGUUGAAAAGACUGUUUGUGGUGUUCUUUCUGCGUUCACAUUUACCCCAACCCUCUGAUUCAUUAACAUGGGCAGCGACAAAACGUGUUUCUCACGCUCCACUCAGACUCGCGAUUUGAACAGUCCUAAUAGACAUAGCUAAAUCGUUGUCAUUCAGGAAUAAGAUUGCGUGGGUGUUUGAAUCGAGAUCUCGAUAUUUUAAGGAUUAAUCGUGCAGCUCUAAUGUAAACACUGCAAAAUAUUUUGCGAGGAUAUCGUCAUGAGAUCUUGUGAGAUGCGAUUGGUUUCGCAAGAUACCUCGGAUCUCGUGAGAUCUCGUGCUACGAGAUCUCGUCAUAUCCCUAUAAAAUGUACGUUUAUUUGCAACAGUUAGGCUAACAACAAUAAAAAAACAUUUAUGACAUUACAACAGCGACAUUGGCUGACGGACACCGUACUGCAUUGUUAUGGGAAAAUGCCAGCUGAAGAUAAUGAAGAAAUUAUGUCGCUCCCUUUGCCAAGUGCAUUCCAAACGUCUACAUAAUGGCACAUUAUGCUCACUCCAAAGUCUAAACUCCCAGGGCUCUGCCCUUCCAAGGAAAUAGGGCAAAGGGAUGAUCAGUCGGUACAAAUACACAUACUGUUGCACCCCUAGUAGUUUAGCUUUGCUUUUGUACAAUUGUGAUCAAAAGCUUACAUAAACCAUGCAGAAUCUGCAAAAUAGUAAUAAUUUUAUCAAAAAAUGUGGUAUCAUUAAAAAAAAAAAAUCUGCAGGAUUGAGACCUUACAGUAAAGUGGAAUAGAUGCAUAAUUUUUUUAGGGAUGCAUCGAAAUGAAAAUUCUUAGCCGAAACCGAACAAAAUGAAACACUGGGCCGAAGGCUGAUUACAGAACAUGGUUUUUCGUGUAUUUUUCCCCAUGUAUUUUACCAAUUAAAUGGCCGAAAUGUGCUUUUUACAGUUUUGUCUUGCUUUUUAAAGCACAAUUACUAAACAACAAUUUAAAAAUGUUUACUUAACACAUUAACAUUUUUAACAUUCUAGUAGACAUUAUAGCUUACCAACAAAGCACAAUUUAACUUAAAAUUAAUAAGUUAGUAAAAUAAACUGUUAUGGGGUCUGAGGGUGUUUUGGCACCCUGGAGAAGUUUUGAAAGGUUUUGCUUUUUUCAGUAUCUUAAAAACAUAUUAAUGGCUAAAGUCUGAUUACAUUGUAAUCAGCACAAAUUGGGCUACAAUAAUAUGCAAGCAACAUUAAUGUACAUGUUUGUGUUUUUGAGAAAACAAUGUUUAUGCGUGGUUAGUGAAAAACUAAAAUCUUUAAGUCAGUGAAAUAAGGCCAUGUAACACAUACAGAACUUUACUUCAAGAAUUUUGAGAACUGGAUGUGGUAGUCUCGAGUUUUUUCUACAAAAUGUGAAAAUCAUCUCGUUCACUCGUUUACAGAAAAUAUAUUGAUUUAAAUUUAAGACAUGUUUUGUGAUUGAAAAGGAAUAUGCGAGGGAGUGACAACGGCCAUGAAUAUUUAGUGAUUCACACCUGAGAAACAAAAGGCCCUCCCCUAAAGGCCCAUCAGUGAGGCUGUGACUGUCAAGUAGAAACAAUGAGAGAUUCAGAGAAUGGAGUUUUAGACUAUUUGUAUUUUAUUUACAACACAGUAUCAUCAAUAAAUGCAUAAUGAAGGUCAAAAGCACAUUAUUGACUACACUGAUCUAAAUAUAGAGACAUGAACAGACUUUGUUUCAUUCCUGAAAACUGUUUUCUGGAUUCUGUUCAACAAGUGAAAUAAGUAAAUUAUACCUCAUAUUUAAGUGAUUGCUGCUUCUUUCCAUGGAUUUAAGAAACAAAACUCCUCAUCAGUAGUCCAGGAAAUUGUUUUACAAUAAAAUCAGUGUAGUUGAACAUCUGAUGUUGGUACAGCACUCUUCAUGUGGCAUUCAUGUAGCAUUCAUCUGUGGUGCAGGUAAAAGAAAGACUUACUCCUUCGGUGGAUCUCGCCAUGCGUUGCAUCGCGCUCUUCCUCUGAGGGAAAUAUAAAUCUUACUCCUCACAGCGUGUCGUCUUCCAGUAACAAGAUGCAAGUAGCCGAGAUAAACAAUGGAGACAAGUCUCGCUGCUUUGUUUACGUUGAUGUGGGCGGUACGCCGCUUGCGCCUCCACGUGGCUGACUAUAAUAACAAAAGUGUUCGUAGCUCGUGGGCGUGAUCAAAUUAAAAAUAAUUAGGUCUGACGAGAAAGACUGGACAUGGGGUUGGUUUCAUAAAGAUUACUUUAACACAUGAUAUUUGUUUUCGAUAAGGCUUACUUCAUUUAAAAUUAGACAUAUUAGGCUUUCUAUAGAUGUAUCUCUCAUGUCUCUGUUGAGUAUUCGCUAGGGGUGCACCGAUCCGAUAUUAGGAUCGGAUAUCGGCCGCGAUAUUGAAAAAAUAGCUGGAUCGGGGAUCGGAAAAAUUAACAGAUCCACGGGCCGAUCCAGUUUUUUUCCUCUUUUUUUUUUUUUUUUUCUUCCUCCGUCGCAGCCAGUGACUUAUAAAUAUAGGUCGCAGCGUCGCAGCAGCUCUUACGUCAUCAGCACGUGUGUCGCAUGCUGGAAUGCAGUUGGAGCAUAAGCAACAUGGAGCGAGCCAAAGAGUCGGCUGUGUGGAGAUACUUCAUGCUUGCCGCGCCAACAUGUUCGACGGCUGUUUGCAAUGUCUGCAAAGGAAAUGUUUUGAGGGGUGGUGGUAAAACUGCAACAUUCAAUACAACCAAUUUAAUCAAGCACCUCCAAAAGCACCAUGCUAAGGAGCACGCCAAAUUCCUGCAGCUCAACAAAACCAAAGGAAAAGGAGACAAUACAGCGGCCACAGCCCAGCAACUGACUUUGGCAGAUGCACUUCAACGGCGUGAAAAGUUUCCGACGGAAAGCUUGAAAGCUUUGGGAAUAACACAGAAAGUUUUAGAGUUCAUUGUUUUAGAUGCUCAACCAAUGUCAUUUGUUGAAGAUGAGGGCUUCCGUCGCCUACUGGAAUACUUGGAGCCAAGGUACUCUCUUCCAUCACGCAAGUAUUUUUCCGAGACCGCACUGCCAGAACUGUACAAAAAAGUGUGCGAACACAUCUCAAAAGAGAUUAAAGAUGUAAAGUCAAUGAGCUUCACUACAGAUAUAUGGAGCUCUGCUGUGUGUCCAAUGUCGCUUUUAAGUUUAACUGUCCAUUGGUUGGACGUGAGCUGUACACGGCGCGGUGCAAUGCUUCAGGCUAAAAACUUCCAUGGUUCACACACCAGCGAUACCAUUUCGGCUGCAAUUAAGGAGAUGCUUGACCAAUGGCACAUUCCUUUGAAUAAAGUGCACCUCAUACUCAGGGACAACGCAAGUAAUAUUAAAAAGGCCAUGGACAACAUGGGCGUGCGGAGCUUAGGCUGCUUUGCUCACACAUUGCAGCUUGUUGUCAACGAGGGACUACUGUCACAGCGGAGUGUGAGCGAUGCCAUUGCAAUCGGUAGACAAAUUGUGGGGCAUUUUAAGCAUUCUCCACUUGCAUAUUCACGACUGCAAGAUAUCCAGCUCCAGAUGCAAAUGCAACCUAAACGCCUGCAACAAGACGUCAAAACAAGGUGGAAUAGCACGUACUUGAUGAUACAGAGUCUUCUGGAGCAAAAGCGAGUACUCGGAGCUUACAUUGCUGACAAUGACCUGCCCAGUACACUGACCGCCAACCAGUGGGCUUUGCUAGAAAAAACGAGCAUUGUUCUAGCACCAUUUGAAGAGCUAACAAGGAAAGUAAGCUCAGCGACUGCCUCCACCGCCGACGUCAUUCCAGCUGUCACCGUCCUCAAACGCAUCCUGGCUAAAGAAGGCGAUGCAGAUACUGGCAUCAAAACAAUGAAAAAAACCCUUCUUGAAGCUGUCAACAGACGCUUCGACAGUGUGGAGGAUGAACCCCUAUAUGCACUUGCCACCCUGCUGGACCCGAGAUAUAAAGACAGAUACUUUACAAGUGCACAAUCUGCAAUGAGUGCAAAAGAUGCACUGACAGGGGAACUAGAGGAACUAGAGGACUUGAGGAGCAGCACAGCUGGAGCAUCAGAGGCUGCAGAGCCACAAGAAAAGGCCCCUCGGGUGGAAGCAGCAGCAGCAGCACCAAGUAAGAGCAGCUUUAUGCAAGAGUUUGACCAAAUUGUGGAGGAGUGUGAAGAUCCCAGUGCAGCAAGCAGCUCGAGUCCUGCAGUCCAACUGCAUGGAUAUCUUGCAGAGAAAACCAUUGCUACCUCAGACAACCCAUACCAGUACUGGGGAGUCAACAAAUACCGAUUACCUUGUCUUGCUGCCACUGCCACAAAAUAUCUCUGUGCCCCCUGCACUAGUGUAGAAAGCGAGAGAGUGUUCAGCACAGUUUUCAACAUUGUGGAUGAAAAGAGAAACAGGCUUACAGCAGAGAGAACAGAAAUGCUUGUCUUCAUGAGAAAGAAUUUGCCAUUGCUGAUUAAGUGAGCAUUCACAGGUAAUGAGUGGUGUAACACUGCACUACAUGUUUACAAUGUUAAGUUAUUAUUUGUAUGUGUGACCAAGUUGUUGUUUGACCAAAUUUUAUUAGUUUAUUCUCAGGUUCAACUGCUGUUUUAUUUUGAAUUCAGGCAGGACUUUGCACGUAAAAUGUUUACAAUGUUUGGUAACUUGUUUAUUUACAAUUGUAUGUGUGACCAAUACACUAUUUUGU